GGUGGGUGCGGGGGUGCAGGUGGGACUCCUCUGCUCGCUCGGCUACGCCUCGCAGGCGGCGGCGCUGUCGCUGGGCACGCAGCCAGGUGCGGGGGACACUUCCGAGACACUUCCCACUGCCCUCGGCGCACUAGAGCCGGGCUACCGCCAGCCAGGCGCCCUCUGGCGUGCACAAGUGCCACCGAAGCCUUCGAGUCUGCACGCCCGCCCCACGCCCGCCUGCCCGCCUGCCUCCGCCUGAUCCCCACACCGCCCACGACCCGCCAGGGACCGCCGCCUUCAUCUGCAGCCUGCAGUCCGUCGUGGUGGCGCUGAUGGCGGCGCGAAGCGGCGCCGGCGUCGCCCGAGCCACCUGGCUCGCCGUCGCCCUCUCGGUCGCGGGUGUCGCGUGCCUCGAGCUUCCCUCUGCCCUCAGCGGCGGCGGCGCCGCCUUUUGCGUGGGCGACCUGAUCGCGCUCGGCCAGCCGGUCGGCUUCGGCCUGUCGUACGUCGUCCUCGAAGAGGCGAUGGCCGACCACCCCGACGACGAACUCCCCAUCGCCGCACUCCAGUGCGUCGUGAUCGCCGUCGCCGCCGUCGCCGCCGCGUCCGUCGACUCGGGAGCAGCGCCGUGGUCCUUGCCGUGGGAGCACCUUCUGGCCGCCACCGCGGGAGGGGCUCCCGCGUGGGGCGUCCCCGCCGCGGUCGCGUACACCGGGCUCGUCUCGACGUCGCUCACGAUCUGGCUCACGGCAAAGGUGUUUGCCAAGCUCCCCUCGACGGACGCAUCCGUCAUCCUCGCCUCGGAGCCUCUCUGGGCGACCGGGGUCGCGGUGGCGCUGCUCGGCGCGCCCGUCGGACCGAGCGAUGCGGUGGGCGGAGCCCUCAUUCUGGGCGGGCUCGCCUGCAACCAGGGCCUCCUCGACCGCUUCGUCCCCGGCUUGGCAGAUGAGCUAGCCGAGCACACCGCCAGUCCGGGGGGGAUGUCGAGGAGACGAGACGAGGCGCCGCCGGGGCCGGGCGUGGACGGCGCGAGAGAGCGAGACUGAGUGGUGCCCGGCUAGCCGCCCCUCGCCUCGACGAGGGCCGGCGCCGGUUGCGGGUUGGAGACUUGCGCCGUUCAGCGUGAAUCAUGAUCAUGUGAUGACUGCCGAUCGACGUAUGUGUCUGUCUCUGUGUGCCGCCUGCCGCGUGUAGUGUGUAGACGAGCCCGGGCAACGGGGCAAGGCUUUUGCCUUUUCGCUUUAUUUAUGUGAUUAUGUUAGUAUGUAUGUG